AGGGCUGCCGGAGCGACUGAACAGUUUUUAUUUUGAUUUUUGUUACAUUUGCGAGCCUUAAUUUUUGUUAUUUUAUUUUUAAAAUUUCAUCAGGAGCGGACACGUGACGCCGCCGUUCGUCGGCGCGGAGUUAAUUCGACUUCCUCUGGAUUAGUCAGCUGCUGCCACCUAAAGGACAUCACAGUUUUAUUUAUUUAUUUAUUUUUUAACUCAUGGAAGACAAACGCAAGAAGCGGAGCCCGAAGGUUUCUCUUCCCCAACCUCCUCCUCCGCCCGUCAACCCGCGUAAGCUUGCCAUCCUUCCUGCCAGCAAAAGCGCCACCUUCUCUCUGGGUCUGCCUCAGCCGCCGUCCCCCAAGAGCCGGGGGAAGUACAAGAGGUCCGUCGGAGCUGUGGGACAGCCCAAAGAGGUGCUGGCAGCAGUAGUAGCACCGCCAAAGACCACCAGGUCCAAUAAGGAGAAGCCGAGGGCUCCCCAGCCUGCAGGACCCAGUAAGGUGGUCCAGUCCUCGCCCCUGCAGCACUCCUUCCUCACAGACGUGUCGGAUGUCAGAGAGAUGGAGGAUGGUCUCCUCAACCUCCUCAACGACUUCCACUCAGGCAAACUUCAGGCUUUCGGUAAAGUUUGCUCCUUUGAGCAGCUGGAACAUGUGCGUGAGAUGCAGGAGAAGUUGGCGAAGCUUCACUUCAGUCUGGACAGUCACGUGGAGGAACUGUCGGAGGACCAGAAGAAGGGCGCCUCAGACCACAACCUGGAACACUUACUGUGCAAUCUGGAGGAGCUCAGCACCUCCAUACAAAAGCUCCACUUGGCCGAAAACCAGGACCUGAGCAGGACUUCAGGUCUCUGAUGAGCGCCCGUGACCCACAGCAUCCACAGUCGUCAUGAUGAUGCAGCUGCUUUAGUAACAGGAGAGACACGCCCACAGGAGGAGGAGCUUCUUUCUCCAUUUUGUUACAGAUGUGAAGCAUCAGGCAGAACUCAUGAUAGCACACAGCAACUUAAUCUCAUAACUCCGCCCACUUAUCUGGAACGGCCCCAAAUUUAGUCAGUUUAACCCCUUCUAAGCCUGUAUGUCACAUCGAUGGGAAAUUUCACUUUUUAAGUUUUUGUGAGAUACUAAUAAGCCAAAAUGAGGCGGGUGGUCGGGGGUUAAAGUUCAUCGAUAUAAACGCAUGACACAACAACAGAGAAGUAAGAUGGCACCAAUUCAAACAAAUAUCUCUCGAAAACAAAACGACCAUAAAAGAAAAGAUUGUAAAACUGACGUUCUGCCGAUCAGGUCCCGAUGACUCAUUUGAUCCGGAUCAAACCUGGUGAGUGGAUCCUCUUUCUGAUUAAAUUUUAGUUUAAGCAUAUCGCUGGAGAUUUAAACCAAACCAUCUGAAAGGGAUCCACCUCUCAAAGAAUGUUUCAAGAAAUAAAAUAAUAAUGUUGAAAGGAUCCAGAGUCCGUGUGGAUGAAGGUCAACCUCUGGAAGUGAAACCUGAUCUCAAAGCACAUAUCUCAGAACAGCAAACGCCGAUGAAUGUUGUGAAUUUUUUAGGGUUGCAAAGAUGUUUUGAGCAAGUUCAGAAUAAAUUUUUCCGCAAACAGUUGUAACACAUGUUGCUAAAGUUCUUUUUGGUUCAGUGUGGAAGGUUCCCAGUUCAAAUCCCACCCCUGACACAUGUCUCCAUGUCAUGUGGAGUUGCAUUAGGAAGGGCAUCCGGUGUAAAACUUGUGCCAAAUCAACAUGCAGAUCCACCUCCGAUUUGCUGCAGCGACUCAGAGUGAAAAUAAGGGAGCAGCUUAAGGAACCCACUUUAGGGUGGUUCAAUUCCCAGAUUCACCAGGGGCCUCGUGUACUCAGACUUGCAUAGUUUCCUUCUGAAACAUGAUGUACACCAAAACCCAGAAAUUGUCAUAAGCACAAAAAUAUCCAGAUGUAUCAGUGUGCAUACAUAUGGAUCCAAGCACGUUCAUUUGUACAUCCCACUGAACAUGGAAUUGAACACACCCACCAAGCCCUUACUUUCCACGCCUCUAUUUAAAUAUGCAAAUAUGUUUAAAUAGUUUGGUUGUUAUUUGCUGGUACCAUAAGUGUGGCGUGUUGUGUGUUUGAUGACAACUGCCGUUGUCUUUGUGUUGUGUAAAAAUUGGCCAGGUCCUGCUGGAAUUCCCGUUUCCAGGAAGCCCAGUGUGGUCAGCAGCUGUGUGGACACAGACAACCUCCUGGCUCCUCACCGUAUUGCGCUCUGGGACGGCCGCAGUUCUGCUCGCAGCUCCAGUAACAGUGGCCUUGAUAAUCAAAAUCAGUUUGAGCCAGUUAUCGUCAUUUGCAAUUAAAUCCUCGUGUUCCCUGAAUACUUGCCCACCUCGGAUUGCACCAUUUGUAAGGUCCUCUAACAACAGUAACACAGCCACUGUUAGCGCCAUUUUAUGCAUUACUUGGCGCGUUUUCAUAUCCACCCAUAUAACUGCAAACACGUGGGUGUGUUAAAUGUUCAGUGUGUCUGAUGUUCCUCAUCACUCUGACUUCAUGUUUUCCACUAUUAACGGUUCCCAGCAUCACCUCUACGUGUCUGCAGAGGAACAACAGCUGUAGAAACAUGCGUACACCAGCCUGGAUUUUUGUGUGACGCACCGCACAUUUCCAUGCUCAUUUCACUUUUGAUACACCUGAACGUUGGUGUGGAGAUGGACGGAUGGACGUCAUGUGUUUGUGCGUAAGCAGCCUUUGUACAUGAGGCUCCUGGUGUUUUAACAGGCAAACGGUCCCAAACGUUCCCAAACAAUCAAUAGUUGCUAACUGUCACUAAUGAUGGAUUUUCACCAACAUUUGUCAGAAUCCAGAAAUCAUAACAGUCAUUAGCAUUUUCAGCUCUGUGAGCUCCAAGCUGGAGUAAAAAUUUAAAAGCACAUAAAAGAAAAUCACCGGAGAAACAAAACACCAAAAUAAACCUUGACGGUAAAUAAUUAUGAUAAAGAUGUCUGGAACCUGAACCUACAAGAACGGCCGAUAAACUGAAUAAACAUGACUAAAUCUAAAUUAGUGGUCUGGAUCCAGAUCAGAUUCUGACCUUGUGUUAAACAUUAAGAGGAAAUUUGUACCUAGAAACUGAAUCCAGGUCAGCUUCACUUCUGUAUUUUUUCCAGGAUUUUGAAGAAAAGCACAUUUGUUUGUAUGAUUUAACAGAUAUGUUUGUAAACUAUGAACAAAAACAUCUGGACCUUGUUGACGAGGAACUCAGAACUUUUAAAGAAUUUUUUUUUCACUUUUGCUCUUUUUUAGUGAAGUUUAAUCUUGAAGGAAAAAUUUUAAAAAUGAUUGAGGACACCUAGUGUCCAAAAUUCAAACUGCUUGUAAGCGUCUGUAUUUUUAUUUGUUGACUUGAGAUUGCAUCCAUGCUUUAUUUUUGUUAGUAAACCACAUUCGAGCGAACGCUAACCCGCCUGUUCUGUAACUAGAAAAACAAAACCUCAUGUCAAACGUUGUUUAAUAGUUUCAAAAUGGCAGCUACUUUUAGAAAUGCAACAGAAGGAGGGAUAGUUUAUAUAAUUACAAACCAGUUGCAGAUGUCUGUUGUUUCAUUGCUUCAUUUAAAACAUGGAAGUAUGUUUUCUGUGAUUUAAAAUGUCAGACUUUAACUUUUGUCACAUUUUUAUUAAUUAUUGUAUUUGUGCAUUCUGUUAGUCAUCAGAACAUACACAUUGGAAAAAAGAAAAACUUGAUCCUUAUUAAUAUGCAAAUAUAUGCACCAGAUAAUCCUAAAACCUGAGGUACCAAUGGUGUAAGUGUCAAGUGUCUGUCAUAUAUUAUGUUUCAAGGACGUAAAAAGACAUCUCUAAUCAUGAGUGGACAUUUUAGAAACAAACACUAACUUACAUGAAGGUGAGAGCAGCUUGUACAGAAAUAAAAUAAUUUGUAUACCAGUGUGUCUUUGCA